AUGCCUGCCGUGGAGAAACCAGUAGCGAAAAGGAAGAAACCGUUAUCGUGUGCGGAAUGUCGACGAUUGAAACUCAAAUGCGAAUUGGUCUUCCCUUGUGCUCACUGUGUCAAAAGAGGUCUGGCGAGCAUCUGUCCUGAAGGCGAGUUGGUCAAUGGUUCCCGCAGAACUAAGAUUCUAGCGAGUACAGAAGAUCUGCACAAACGAAUUGCAGCGUUAGAAGAAGCGUUGAAAGUAGCAACUUCUUCAAGACAUCCUUUACUGGAAGAUAGCUUAUAUGCCAAUCGAAAGGAAAUCAAAAGCAGAAGUCCACCGUUACAGACUCCAAAUCCGGGUACAUCUUCACCGCCUGAUAGUUUACCUAGUGUCAGUCAUUUGACUCUAAACGAAAAUGAUCCUCAUCGGUCAAGGUAUUAUGGAGCGGCAGGAAGUGUUUAUCUAUCCAAGCAUGUAAAACAAGAACCUCCCGAAACAUCCCCUGUCGGUUCAUCCAAUCAAUACGACCUUGCUUCCUCCUUGGACUAUUCCGAUUUUUUCCCUCCGUACACUGGUCUUCGUCCAGACAUCAAGGAUAUCAUUGCAAACUACCUGCCUCCUCCUGAAGUCACCAUCAGCUUGGCGGAUACUUAUUACCGAACUUAUGGUUGGGUCACUAAUAUCGUUCAACGGGAUAUAUGGGAUCAUAACUUGUUCCCAUAUCUUUAUCAAGAUCCAGCAUUAGUGAGACCUCAACACCUCGCAUUGAGUCUACUGGUUUUAUCAGUGGGUGCAUUGAUGGAUCUUUCCCGACCUCCACAUAAUGAUCUCGCAAGAAACUGUUUCAAUGGUGCUCGAGCCUGCCUAUCACUCGAUCCAUCUCAUUCAAUGACGUUUUGUCAGUGUAUCUACUUGUACGGAACCUAUAUCAUGAAUGGAGGAACGCAAACCACGGGUGGAGAUGCGUUUUGGCCUUUAUUAAGAAUGGCUAUGGGAAUAUGUGAAUCGAUCGGAUUACAUCGUGAUGGAUCUUUAUGGAAUUUAGAUGGAGUCAUGGAACGAAGGAUAGUAUUUUGGGAAAUACAUGGUUUGGACGUCUUGCAAUCCGUCUCUCUAGGAAGAGGACAGUGUAUAAGUGAUUGGAAUAUCGACGUUCAAAUUCCAUUCGCCAAUGACGAUACAGGAUAUCAUUAUCGAUCAUAUAUCCUGACUAAAAUAUGGUCGCAAAUCAAUGAAAAACAAGUCAGAAUAAAACCAUGGAUAUAUUCCGAAGUACAUGAAAUCGAUCGACAAAUCUCUGCGUUUCAAGAUGAUUUACCAUAUCAUCUUUCACCCGUGGUACCACCUUCACCUGACGAUUUGACAGAUCCGAUAAAACACAAAGAGGCUUAUCAACGAAACAUGUUAUUGCUAUAUAUCAACGAAGCAAGGUUGACUUUACAUCGAGGUUGGUGCAUUAGGGCAUUAAGAGAAUCACCUAUUGAACCGUUGUCAAGUCCAUUGAAACAAUCCUAUUUGACUUGCUUAGAAGCUUGUAGAGCUAUCAUUUCGUUAGUGAGAAAUAUGGUGGUACUUCAAGGUCAACUUAUACACAGAAGGUGGCAUUUCUUCUUCCACCUAUUUGGCGCUUGUGUUUGUCUAGCAGCUGCUGUCAUUCGUGCUCCAGCAUCAAGCUUGGCGAGAACUAUACUGGCAGAAUUAGAAAGCGGUGUAGCCUUGUUCAAGAUGACCGACAGGGAAGAACUGGUCACAGUUGACAGAUUGAGAGACAAAGCAGUCAGAGCGUUACAUAAUGCAGGUCGUUUACCUGAUGAUCAAGAUCACGAAGGAGAGGGAGAAACGGAAGAUCUAGAUCUUUUAGGCGCAGGCGUUACUAUAACUAGAACAGGAACGACGACAACUACGACGACAAUGCCUAACGUAUCUCGAUCUGGCUUCAAGUCUGAUUUAUUCACGCAACCACUACAUUUGCCUUUAGUAGAUCAAAUAGACACCAACACGGCCGAUUUUAGCAAUCAAGAAUUCACAGAUGUAAUGUCUAAUAUCGUGGACGAACAAAAUCUGAAUUCUGUCAAUUGGGAAUGGAACGAUUUCGAUAUGGAUGCUUUCUUGCAUGAGAUUGGGGUCCUAUAG